AUGACACAGCCUCCUAUUAAUAUUAGAGAUAUCGAAGAAGCUAGCAAGAAAAUCGAAAUGCUUCGUACUAAGCUCCAGACUCUUAACGAGCAGCGUGGUCAAGCAUUCUUCCAAUUAAGAGAAUGCACACUUGUUCAAGAGGAAUUAAAGGAACUCGACGACACAGAUGUAAUCAUGAAGCUUUCAGGCCCAACACUUAUUCAGGCUGAUCUUAUUUCUGCUACAGAAAACGUUAAACAGCGUCUUCAAUUUAUCGAAAAUCAGAUUAAAUCUAUUGAUAAGCAAAUCGAUGAUACAAAUGCUGAGCUUGCUACAGCCGAAGAUGUUCUUCGUAAAGUUGGUGCUGGACAAUAA